AUGCCAAACCUUGUCGCCAUCGACGUCUCGGUCACCGACAACCGUGUCAGCCUGGUCUUCUCGCACCGCGCCGUUGCCGCGGCCUACGCGGCUUACCUCCGCUCCUUGGACUUGCGCCCGCCCCAGUUCCAGGUCAUCCCCGGGUACCAGCGGUCGCCGCAGCUGCACACGACGACCAAGGAAGUCAGCUUGUUCCUGCCGGAUUUUAUUACCUGGUUCAUCACGUGCCGGCUCCCCGACGAUGAGGACAGCGUGACUUUCUCGUUUAUGGACGGCGACGAGGAGUGCGCCAGCCGCUGGGCCGAGUCCAUGGUCCUCUUUGAGAGGAGGAAGCGGCCGGUACAGCACGAUCAUCAUCAGCAGGACGACGACGACGACACGGUCAAGGAGCUGCAUGUGCGUCGGCUGUGGAACAAGUCGCGGCUGCUGAAGCGGCUUGAUGAGUUGCGCAGGGCAUCCCCUGCUGCAACGCGCGUAUCGGGAAUCGGACGCAACGGGCAGGUCAGGGGCAUGGGGGAGAUGUGGUAUUAG